AUGAAAAGUGGUAGGCUAUCGUUGACUAGGCAAUUUAUUCAUUCCUAUGCACGCAAGGACUACACCCGUGAAGAACUUGAGUUUGAUAGGACUUUGCGAAGAAAAGCCGGACUCAUGAAUCGUCAAGAAGGGAAGCUUUUGUAUGUAGUGCGGGACUUACGGAUCCACAAGCUCAAAAAUCCGCGCGUAUGGGCAGCUUCUGGUAAUGUUUUGGAUGGCAGUUUUCAUGAAGCUACAGCGGAAAACCACAGUCCUUGCAGUUCUGCUUUACGAUCAGGUACUACCUACUUGCCCAACCACGACUACCUCUCGCCAGCACAACCAAGCCCAGACCAGUCAAUGCCUUCAGUUCUUGACAUCAAUCAUGGAGCACUGGACCGUCUGGAUCGCUAG